AUGGAUCAAAUUACUUUUUCCUACACUUCAUCUUCGUCUUCUUCCAACGACCAUCCACCAAAAACAAUCAGCUCCAGCCGACUAUCAUAUCAUAAUUCUCUCCAUACAGUUCGCAAAGCUAUACAAAAACCCACCUCCAAGCAUUUCAUAGCACCAUUACCACCCACCCCACCUAAAGUUUACAAAGUUGAUUCUUCCAACUUCAAGGAAACUGUUCAUGCACUCACUAGCGACACCAAAUAUCAAUCAUCAUCUGUACGCCGCCUAAAGGACAUCGCUCCGCCACCUCUUGUCCUCUCAACGGUACCAAAACCGUCUUUAUUUCCCAGACCACUUCCACCAUCAGAAGGUGGAGGAAACGUCAGCCCCUUAUCGGCCCUCACUUUGUCCCCAGAUUUCUGCAAAUUCUUGAAUGAAACACUGGAUACCACUAGGUUUAAGUCAAAGUCACCUGUGAUAGAUUAUUUCGCGGGUUUGAGUCCACUGGGGUUAAGUUUGUCGCCCGUGACACGUGGUUAUGAUCCAUCUGGGGUUGCACUCAUGAGCACUUUUGGGUUAAGUUUAUCUCCAUCGUCACUAUCAUGGUGUUCUUCGCUACUUUUGAGCCCCAGCACCCUUUCGGGGAUUACUCAAAACCCCAUUCUUUAG